AAUGUCAUCAAUCAGUAGUGUUCAGUACUGAAUCUGAUCUGACUUCACUUUGCUCCGACCAAUAUUAGAUCGAAUCGAAUCGACUCGACCUCCUUCUCCAACUACCACCACUGGUACCACCAAUACUUACUUCCACUUGCCUACUCACUAUUCAUUAUUCCCUCCGUUUUCUUUUGCCGGUAGUUUCCCCCUCUCUUCGCUCUGAGGCAAUUGAUAUCUCCUAUCUAUCUGGCUACCGAUUCUUAGCCUAUUUGUCACAACUGCUCAACUCUCUUAUGAAUUACGUUACACACGACCGAUUUCCUUCUUCAUCCAAUAUGGCAGCCAAGAGUGCUGCGUUCUAGAGGGUGGCUGCAGUCGUUGAAGUAUAUCGCGAUGGCACCACCCUCGGGAUGCCACCUUGUACCUCGAUUUAAUCACCAAUUGCCCUAAUUUAAGUAGGGGCGAGCCUUUGCAGAAUCGAUCCUGGCUCGGAGCCUUCCUCCUCGCCUUGCAUCGCCUCUUAUAAACCUACAUCGACUGUCGCGUGACGGCAGUUUCGUCGCGUUGCUUGAGUCAUCACACUGUAUACUGUCUGCAGUCCUAAAGUAACUCGAUAUAUACAUGAUUAUACAGAAUGCGCCAUAAACCUAACAAGGCGAAGGGCUCGCGGGCUGUAGGGCAUGCCUCGGGUCCGACGCCUAUCUCUUCCACCCUUACCACUCCUCUUAGCUCAGCCUACCCUUCGACCUACGCUUCCGAAGCCGAAUACGAUGUUAGCGAUGAGGUAUCCAAAUUACCGAUUGGCGCCCUCACGCUAGGUGCAUCAGUAUCAAACCUACGUAAACCGAAACGAGAGAAGCCACGACCUUUUCGAUUUCUCGAUCUACCGUCCGAACUACGCUUGAAGGUAUACGGCUAUCAUUUCGCUAAUACUGGCGGAGUACUUGACCUUGAUCCGGACAACUACAAGAGGAUCCACCAAAAAUUAGCUAUCCUGCGAUCCUGCAGUACUAUAUAUAGGGAAGCAUCCUAUUUCUUCUACAGCACACACCCCGUUCGCAUCUUUCCGACGCAUCCCGGACGUUAUUUCAAAACCAAGAAGCCGCUUUUGGCCCGUAUGAAGCCAUGUCAACGAGCUAGCUUGACCUCUCUCGAGCUACGCUUGGGUCCAGGCUGGAGCAACCCUCCUCGCGGUUGGGUAGUAAACCCCGCCUUAGGAUUAUCAGACUGCGUAAAUAUCACUAAGAUCACGGUCUACAUCGAGUGCGACCCGGGAAACGAUUUCUUUAAGGGAUUCCGCCAGCCGGACAACUUCUAUGAGCGAUUCUCGAAGUCGCUGUUAACUAAUGUUCUCGACGAGAUGCCGUGGGUCGAACGGAUUGAGUUCGAAGCUUGGCUCAACGUGAAGAAGUCAGGCGUGCUCAUGCGCGGGCUAAUUGACGUGGUGAAAUCUCGGGGGUUGAAGAUCCUUUGGGGUAAGGAAAGGGGGUGGACUGAUGCGGAUGAGGUAGAACCACCUCCCGCGCUGGACCUCAACGCCCCCCUUCUUAAAAACCAUGGAAAUACGGAUAUUAUGGUCGCAGUGUAGGACAUGGACGCGGAUUCUAUCGAAAGUAUUAUAAUGCGCUCAAAUCCGAACAGGCAAAUGGUAAGGAUAGCCAGAUAGUAAGUGACAAAGGGCUGGUUGUUUAUUCCUUACUAUUCUCUACUGCAGCAAUAGCUAUGACAGUCUAUAUUAUGUAUGUAAUUCACCUCUCAUUUGGGUAAUGUAGCGGCAUAGGACGGGAAUCAAUAGCAUCUCAACGAAGACUGUAUAUUUCUAUUG